AUGAGCUUUAGCAGCGGCAGCAGUCGGAGCAGUAGCGCCAGCAGCAGCGCCGCCAGCUCGCCGGAGCGCCCCAUGGUCGUCGACCCUCCAAGCGAAGACGAGCAUGACGACGACGAGGAAGACGAUGAUCGACCGAGUGUAAGCGCCGAGCCCGACGAGCACCAUGCGAACGAGCCGUGCAUGAUCAACCCGCGACUUCAACCUACGACCCCUCGGACGCCGUCGCCGAUGGUCGACGUAGUACAUGCGACAUCGGCGGCCGGGAAGCGACCGCGCCAAUCGCUUGGUGAUCGAUGGGACGUGCGACCGUCCUUCUUUAGCCCACCCCUCGUGCACCCCAAGGCCAAAGAGAUGACAACCGAGAACCCGAGCUCUGCUCGCCCGACGCCGCACAAGCACGGGUUCUAUAAGGCCAAGACUGCGGCCGAAGCCCCCGGCGCCAAAAUCAAGAAGGCAAGUAGCGCGUUUGCGACGACAAUGGCGUCCGAGUCGCGGAAGAGCAAGGUCCCAAGUCGACCCGCAGAGCCCGAGAUCACGCGCGCUGUGAGCCCGACGGCGAUCCCUGCACCACCACCGAGCAGUGCGACGCUCCAAAAGCGACGCCAGUCUACCGAGGCAGAACCACUGCGGGAUUCCAAGCGAGUCUGCAAGCCGUGGUCCAUUAAGAAGCUGCGCCGCAAGCUCCUCAAGGAGCAGCUUCGCAAGGAAAUUGCGCGCACCCAAGUCGACACGUACGUCUUAAAGUCCCAGACGGCCAUCUUGCGUGGUGCCCAACAUGCCCAAGCCGCUUAG